UAUAGCAAUGGCUGAGCCGAAAAGUGCCCCUGCGCCCAAGAAGGGCUCGAAGAAAGCCGUUUCUAAGAAUCAGGCAAAGGGUGGAAAAAAGCGUAGAAAGCCCAGGAAGGAAAGCUAUUCCAUCUACGUGUAUAAGGUGCUGAAGCAGGUCCACCCCGAUACUGGUAUUUCCUCUAAAGCUAUGGGUAUCAUGAACUCGUUUGUGAACGAUAUCUUUGAGCGUAUCGCAGGUGAGGCAUCUCGCUUAGCGCACUACAACAAGCGCUCGACCAUCUCUUCAAGGGAGAUCCAGACUGCUGUGAGGCUUCUACUACCGGGUGAGCUAGCUAAACACGCAGUGUCUGAGGGCACUAAGGCAGUCACCAAAUAUACCAGCUCUAAGUAAACUGUACAAUCUCGUCAGAA